AUGUUCAAAACUUUAGGCUCGUGCUAUGUGGUUCAAGUAAAUCACGUCCAGGAAUUCUCGUUGCUUAAUUUCUUGUGUCACCGUGCACGCCGCCCCUUAAGCAGGCGGGCUGCCCAAAAGUACGCAACGGGAGCUUCUCGCGAAGCCAGCUGGAAUACUUCCUGUACUAACGCGGUUCUCUCCGAUGUUCCCGCGAAACUUGUUGACCGCGCCCCUUCCGUAGCUCUCGCCUAUACAUAUCUUGGCGAUGCCGUGUGGGAAUUGUAUGCAAGACGGCACAUGAUCCUUCAACGCGCGACUGUAGCUUCUCUACCAUAUUCUACUAAUGUCGUCCUUCGUCCUCAAGAGGCAACAAAACAGGGGUGGUCUUCAUCUAUUGCUAUGUGCGGUCAUUUGAGGCGUCUUCUAAAUGGCACGAUGAUCACAGAUGAUGAACUGACUAUCUUGGAGUGGGGUAGAGAUUACGGACAUGAAUGUCGUUCGCGUCAUAAUAAAGUUCAACACAAGGAAGCUUCAGCCCUUGAAGCCCUCAUUGCUUACUGGUAUUUAUUCGACCAGAACCGCCUGCACUCCGUGUUGUUGCAUCUGGGGAUGAGCUUCCAUCAGCAGCCUCUGCACGAGAUGUUCGAUGGGCAGGUCGAAUCAACGAUUUUUGCGACGUUAAAAACCUCAAAUGCACGGCCUCCCACUAAAAGUGAGUAUGCUGCUGUGAAAGGGAGCGUCGGUGCUGGGCAAAGGGAGCGGUUAGGCCAUCUUGUAAAGCGAAUGAUCUUGCUCGAGACACGAGUUUCAGAGCUCGAAAAAUGA